GUGAGUAGAAGCUAUGGUAGAAGAAAUGGUUUCUAACAAACCAAACACAUUUUUAGGCCUUGAUUUAAGUACCCAGCAGCUCAAACUUAUCGCUGUUGAUAAGGAAUUAUGCAUUAUCGCUGAAGAAGUCGUAAAUUUUGACCGAGACCUUCCAGAGUUCAAGACACAGGGUGGUGUCCAAAGACACGCAGACUUAUUGACGGUCACUGCUCCCACUCUGAUGUGGGUGAAGGCUUUGGACUUGCUGAUGGAGAGAAUGAAAAGCAAAGGAUUUCCUUUUGUAGACGUUGCGUGUAUCUCUGGUACUGGACAACAACAUGGUAGCGUGUAUUGGAAAUCUGGUACAAAAACACGUUUGAAUAACCUAGACCCUAGCAAGGGUCUCUAUGAGCAGCUAAAGGAAUCAUUUGCAAUUGACAACUCUCCCAUAUGGAUGGAUUCAAGCACAACAGCUCAAUGCCGUGCUCUAGAGCAAGUGGUGGGCGGAGCUCAGGCACUCGCAGAGAUCACAGGAUCUCGUGCUUAUGAAAGAUUCACUGGAAAUCAAAUUGCAAAGAUCCAUCAAACUAAGCCAGCUUCAUACGAUGAAUGUGAGCAUAUAUCUCUAGUCAGCAGUUUCUUAGCAUCCCUGUUUCUUGGUGAUUAUGCACCAAUUGAUUACAGUGAUGGGUCAGGAAUGAACCUCAUGAAUAUACAUACCAAAACUUGGGAAUCAGUCUGUCUUCAGGCAUGUGCCCCAAAUUUAGAAAAGAAAUUAGGAGACCUUGUUCCAUCAUCGCAAGGAAUUGGUGAAAUCUCUAAAUACCUCUGUUCAAGAUACGGCUUUCAUAAAUCCUGUGAAAUUGUUGCAUUCACCGGUGAUAAUCCUGCCUCGUUAGCUGGUGUUCGAUUGCAAAAAACUGAUAUCUGUAUAAGUCUUGGCACAAGCGAUACACUAAUGCUUUGGCUCAAUACUCCAAAACCAGCUGUGAAAGGGCAUAUCUUUGUAAAUCCAGUUGAUAAAAAUGCUUACAUGGCUCUUCUAUGCUUCAAGAAUGGAUCCCUUGUACGUGAAUCUGUUCGGGAUCAGUGCUCAGAUGGUUCUUGGGAAAUCUUUGGCCAAAGUCUUAGCAGGAGUCCUCCUGGAAAUAGUGGCAAUAUUGGGAUAUAUUUUCAUGAAACUGAAAUAACACCUUUUGCACAAGGUGUAUACAGGUUUGAUAAGAAUGAUGUUGAGGUUCAAUCCUUUACUAAUGAUGAGGAGAUAAGGGCACUGGUAGAAGGUCAGUUUUUGGCUAAACGUGUUCAUGCAGAGGAUUUAGGUCUUACAGUGGAUAAAGACUCUCGCAUUUUGGCGACAGGAGGUGCUUCACAGAACCAAGCCAUCCUUCAAGUUUUGUCGGAUAUAUUUCAUGCCCCGGUCUUCACAAUUCCUGGGACAGCUAACUCAGCAUGCCUUGGCUGUGCAUAUCGUGCAAAACAUGGCUGGUCUGGGACAACUGAUGUGAAAUAUGAUGAAAUUUUUCCUAAAAAUGAGCAAUAUGAUUUGGCUGUAACACCAAGAGUCGAAAAUAAAGAUUUGUAUGAUGUAAUGGCAAAGAGAUAUAAAACUUUAGAGCAAUGUAUUAAUAACAAGAGUUUAUCAGCUAAAUCAAAUUAAUAAUAACAUGUUUUUACUAUGAAA